AACCCAGCCUCAACUUUAUUACCAAAAUUUACAAAAAAUGCUUUUCCCUCCCCUUACAAAAUUCAAAAUGCGUCAAUGGAGAAUGAUGUGAUAAUUUACAGAGAUUCAACUAUAUAAUCUGUAAAACUUCAUGCACUCCAAAGUAAUCAUUACUUCAUUGAUUGAGAAUGGAUCAUCAAAGGAUUUACAAAGACAUGGAAGAAGUGGGUCGAAGCACAGAUUCCUGGGAGUCCACCUCGAUCCAUUCCUUGGAACAAUGUAGAUCUAAAGCGCGAGACAUCGCUCAUUAUCAAGGAAAGGUAGAAGAACUUGAAGCCCAUUUUCGCGAACUGGACGAGGCUUACCUUCACACUAAGGCAGUGAAAGAAAGCAAAAAUCAAGAAUGGGUGGCUAAUGCAGAGUUACUAUCUUCCACCAAGUCUAGAACUGAAGACCUUACGAAGAUGAAGCAAAUAUUGAGUGAAAGGAGGCAUGAGCGCGAAAUGAUUAUUUCUGAGCAGUUGACUGCAUUGACAAUGCUAGAGGAGAGCAAUCAGCCUGAUUUGAGAUUCAAGAGAGGACAUCAAGAAGCUGUGGCAUGGUACAAUAGAGCACUUGGCUUUCGUAUUGAAUGUGGACAUGGUAUCAAAUUCAUUUUUGUCAAUGUUGAUCAAGUAAGUCCAGCUCGUGAGUUUUCAUUUAGCAUCCGUCAUUGCCGAAGGAAUGACCGCUAUACCUUAUUAGAUUGUGAUCCCAGCUUUGAAGGUACUAGAGAAUUGCUCGAUGAGUUGAAUCAGACUAAUGAUCUGUUCAAGUUUGUAAGGGUUAUGAGGAAAAAGUUUCAAGAACUUUCAUUGAAGGAUUACAAAGAGGGCUAAACACCAAUUUGUUGUGGUGACUUGAAAAAAGGUACUUAUGUUGGGAAGAUUGAAGGAUAACAUCAAUAAAGCAAAUUGUAAAAUUACACUUUACAGAGAGAUGUAUAUUCUACAUGCUCCGUUGUAUCCUUGAUUUGUUCUUAAAAGAAAUUAACAUUAUUAUCAUUCCUUUGUAUUUUAAUAAAAUGAUUUUUUUU